CAAAUAUUUUUUCCUUAUAUAUAUCAACUGACAUUCACUCAUCAUAUGUCCUAGAGAAAAAUUCUUCACUCACCCACCACUCUUAUUUUCCCCCACACAUUCGAUUCCGCCAUGGGCGCUACCGAGAACGGCUCAUCAGCUCAGUCUCUCAAGUUCCUGAUCUACGGCCGCACGGGCUGGAUAGGCGGUCUUCUGGGCAAGCUCUGCGAAGCCCAGAACAUCGACUACGUCUACGGGUCGGGGCGGCUGGAGAACCGGGCCUCGCUGGAGGCCGACAUCUCCUCGGCCCGGCCCACGCACGUGUUCAACGCCGCCGGCGUGACGGGGCGGCCCAACGUCGACUGGUGCGAGUCCCACAAGGUGGAAACGAUCCGAACCAACGUUGUCGGCACGCUGACGCUCGCCGACGUGUGCCGGGAGAAGUCUCUGGUGCUGGUUAAUUACGCGACGGGCUGUAUCUUUGAGUACGACGCCGGACAUCCGCUCGGUUCGGGUGUCGGGUUCAAGGAGGAGGACACGCCCAAUUUCAUCGGAUCCUUUUAUUCCAAGACCAAAGCUAUGGUUGAGGAUUUACUGAAUAAUUACGAGAAUGUCUGCACACUGCGGGUCCGGAUGCCCAUCUCGUCCGAUCUAUCAAAUCCUCGUAAUUUCAUCACAAAGAUCACAAGGUACGAGAAGGUGGUGGACAUCCCCAACUCCAUGACCAUCUUAGAUGAGCUUCUCCCCAUAUCCAUCGAGAUGGCUAAGAGAAACCUCACUGGGAUAUGGAACUUCACAAACCCAGGAGUCGUGAGCCAUAACGAGAUUCUGGAAAUGUACCGUGAGUACAUAGAUCCUAAUUUCACUUGGGCCAACUUCACUCUCGAGGAGCAGGCUAAGGUGAUUGUUGCCCCCAGGAGUAACAAUGAGCUCGAUGCCUCCAAACUGAAGAAGGAAUUUCCCGAACUCUUGCCCAUUAAGGAAUCCCUCGUGCAAUAUGUGUUCAAGCCAAACCGAAAGACUCCGGUGGUUUGAGAGUCCGAGAGUUUCAUGAGUUGAAUGGGUGAUGUUAGUUUUUACCUGUUGCCAUGUUUGUUCCAUUUACAACAGAGUUGCUUUGUUUUUGUUUAUUUUUCUUGUUGUAUGAAAGGUACCACUGAUUAAGUGAAAAAAAGUUUCAAUUGCAUUUUGGUUAUUAUUUACAUCAUCUAUGUUAUAGUUUACCAUGUACAAGCAUUUGUGUUUACUUGAAG